GCCCGUGGUCUGUGGCGUGGGCCUCGUCAUCAUGCUCACCGGCGUGCCCGUCUACUUCCUGGGUGUCCACUGGAAGGAGAAACCAAAGUGCAUCUACAACUUCAUCGUUUGGAUCUAUGUGCAGCGUGCGGCUGAUACGCAGCGACGUGAUGACGUUGAGUCUAAACAGGAAGUUUAACCGGAAACACGCUCCACUCUUCUCCCCACGUGACCGCGAGUCCCAGCUGCUGUCAGCAGUGAAACAACAUCCAUGUCGGAGGACUGAGCCCGCCACGAUGGCAGCAGCAGGUCGGCUGAGCUUCAGGAACAUCACCGCCCUGGCGCCGAUGGUCCGGGUCGGGACUCUGCCCAUGAGGCUGCUGGCGCUGGACUAUGGAGCUGACGUGGUUUACUGCGAGGAGCUGAUUGACAUCAAGAUGGUCCAGUGUGAGAGGGUGAUGAACGACGUGCUGCAGACGGUGGAUUUCGUCGCCCCCGACGAGCGGGUGAUGUUCAGGACGUGUGAGAGGGAGAAGGACCGAGUCGUCUUCCAGAUGGGGACCGCCGACCCGGACCGAGCGCUGACCGUGGCCCGACUCGUGGAGAAGGACGUGGCCGCCGUCGACGUGAACAUGGGCUGUCCCAAGGAAUACUCCACUAAGGGCGGGAUGGGAUCCGCUCUUCUGUCGGACCCCGACAAGAUCGAGGCGAUCCUCAGGAAACUCGUCGGCGGCGUCUCCGUUCCGGUGACGUGUAAAAUCCGGAUCCUGCCUUCGUUGGAGGAAACGAUCCAUCUGGUCCGGAGGAUCGAGCAGACGGGCGUCGCCGCCGUCGCCGUCCACGGCAGGUUUAAGGACGAGCGAACUCGACAUCCCGUCCACUGCGACUACAUCCAGGCCGUCGCUCAGGCCGUUUCCAUCCCCGUCAUCGCCAACGGCGGUUCUCUGGACCUGGUGAAGAGCAACGGCGACAUCGAGGAGUUCCGCAGGGCGAGCGGCGCCGCGUCCGUCAUGUUAGCUCGCGCCGCCAUGUGGAACGCGUCGGUGUUCGACAGCCGGGGACCACUUCCUGUGGAGAGGGUCAUGGAGGAGUACAUCAAAUACGCGAUCCUCUACGAGAACCACGCCUUCAACACUAAGUACUGUCUGUGUCAGAUGCUGCGCGACAAGGUGGAGUCUCCUCUGGGAAAGCAGCUGCACGCCGCUCAGACCAACGGCGAGAUCAGCGAGGCGUACGGGCUGCAGGAGUUCUACCAGCAGACCCAGGAGCAGCUGCGGGCCCGGAGGGACGCCCUGCAGAGCAGCAGCCCGCCCGACCGGCCCGUCGUGGACGGAGACGUCACCACCAUGACCGUCAAGUUCGAACGGAGAGAGUAUCCUCCUCAGAUCACUCCCAAGAUGUUCCUGUUGGAGUGGAGCCGCAGAGAGAAGCUCGAGUCGCCGCUGUACGAGAUGGCGCAGCGUUCGCAGGAUCGAGCCUUUCAGUCGACUGUAACUGUAGCAGGAAAGAAAUACAGGUCUUCACUGUGGGAGAAGUCGAAGAAAUUCGCGGAGCAGGCGGCCGCCGUCGUCUGCCUGCGGGUGCUGGGCAUCCCAGAGGGUCGCAUCGGCGAGGAGGAGUCCGGCCUCGUCUGCAAGAGGAAGAGGGAGGCGAAGACCAACGGCGCCGCGGAGAAGGAGACGAGCAAGAAGCGACACGUGUCCGCCGACAAAGAAACAGAAACCUCAAAGGCGGCGAAUGGCGACCACCGUAAACCGGACACGCCUCCGGAGCAGCCGCAGUGAGGACAGCGGUUCGUCAGGAACUUUUUAAAUGUCGUCAGCUGCUCGACUCUGCCUUUAACAUUGUCUGGACUUUUUAAUUUGACCUUUACUUCCAUCUCUCCAUGUAGAACAGUUGAGAGACAGUUUUACUUUUUAACAAUUUCUUCUUCUUUUAUUUCAUGAAGUCUGUGGUUGAACCUGAGCAGGUCCUGAUGUGUGGCCAGCAGGGGGCGGCGGCGGACUCUCCGAUGACGCUGUCAGUCAUCUCAGAUAGUUCAGAAGAAAAAGUUUAACCCUGGUGCCUUACAGAGGAACUUUUUUGUUUCGAUAAGUGAUUUUUUGGAUGAGCCUUAAAGUCAACUCCUGAUCUCUACUGACGUGGGUUUAAAACACUUCACGUUCAUCUCAUCCUCCUCUUUUCAUUUGUUAAAGUUUGGACUUGAGAAAUCACAUUUUCUUUUCUUUCUUUUUUAAGGAUAAAAGCUGCUUAUUAUUUUUAUCUUUUCAUUUUACACAAUUGUACCAAAAGAAAAGUCUCAAGCGUGUUUGUGUGGAUUUAUUAUUAUUAAAAAAAACAGACGAAA